AUGCCUCCCGACCAGGUUAGCCACGUGCUUCAGAAUCUUCGCCGUUCAGUUGCCAACAGCCCAGCGAUGCUUCGACAAAACCCCGGUGUUCCUCUCCAAGCUCCUCUUGUGGAUGCUGCCCAGAUGUCUCACCCUGCAGGGUCGAACUUAAUCAACGAUUCCAAUAUGCGAGCAGCGAUGGGAAUGCCUUACAAUAUGGGCGGAAUGCAGCCUUACCCUGGCCUACAGGGCCAACAAUUUCCGAUGCAAAAACCAAACCAACAACCAUCAAAUUUUCCUCAGCCAUCGGAUCCUCGUCUAUCUUACAUGCAACAGCGCGCGGCCAACAUACCCAUGACCGAAACUCAAGUUCGAGAGAUGGACCGAAUGCCAUUUCCCGCUGCCGCUCUGAACAUAAAUCCAGCCAUUGUACAGGCGUUGCCAAAAACCAUAAAGUCCUGGGGCCAGCUUAAAAUGUGGGCAAGUAAAAACCCACAAGCGCUUGGUGAGAUCAGUAUGGAUAAGCUAGCAAUGCUCCAGAGGAUCCAUUUCAGCCAACUGCAGAUACACGCUCGGAGGGAAGCUGCUAACCGCGCCAUCGGCCAACCUGGUGCUAUGCAAGCAGGAAUGGAUCCGAAUAGCAUGAGGCAGGCUCCUUUCAAUCUAGCAGGGCCUCAGCACAUUCCCCAACAGUACGUUGGACAAACCCAAUUGCCUCCCAACGUGCCAAUGCUGCGCCCGAUCACUGCCGCAGAUGUUCAAUUCGCCCGUCAGAAACUAGGAUCUCAAGUCGAAAAGCUUAGCGAUGAUGCCCUCCGAGUUUUUCUAGAAAAGAAUCGACACAAGCAAUUCAUGGCACAGGCGGCACGGAAUAGGGAAGCUUCGCAAGCUUUCGCUGCUCAAGCGGCAAACCAAGCUCCGCCUGCGCAGGUCUCGACGCCCUCUCAACAACCCCAGCAUAUCCCUACGACACAGGCUCAGCCACAAGCACCACAGUCUGCGCCAAUUCCCGGAAUGUCCUCUGUGGACACCAAGCCAGGUCCUCAGAAUGUAGCCAACACCCCGCAAUCUUCGAUCGCCAAGCCGUCUCCUAAAUCUCUUAAAAGACCCGUUGCCGGUGAAGCAGAAAUCAAAACUCCUGCCUCGCAGCAUCCGCAGACUCCCGUGGUUCCGCCCGCUCGUGGACAGCCACCACAGGCUGGUCCCCAACCUACACGGGAACAAUUGGCUGCUAUGGAUCCCCAGCAAAGAGCGCAAUGGGAGACACAGAAUAAGCGAGGUCGUAUUCCCAAAAGUGUGGCGGAUGAAGCAUGGAGUCGUCUGCCGGAUAAUUUGAAACAAAUCUAUGCGGACAUUGUCCGGAAAGACGAUGCUGUUAUCCCAGUUGCCAUGACAUCAGAUCAAAAAGCUGCGAUCGCACAACAGCUCCGGGAAAAUACAGAUAUGCUUUGUCGCAUGGACGCGUUAGUUCAGUGGGUCGCGAGGGUCCCAGGACAGGAAAAUCCACUUCGUCUUCUACUCCAAAUGAGGAUGUUAUUGAUGAAGCAGUUUAAAGGCCCUGAUUGGACGCUAGCGGAUCAUUUUACGAUCGCGCCAGAAUAUUUAAACUCAUCCAUUAUGUAUAUCAAAAAAUGGUUCGCCGAGAUGAUCAGCCGUGUUCGUUCUCGACAGGGCCAGCCAAAGGCUACCGGUCCUCAACCUCUUCCUGGACAACCCGCACCGCAAAAGGCCCCGACGCCACUCAACGCUAGUAAUCUUCAGCAGCUUGAACAGCAAGAGGCCGCGCUCCAAAAGGCCAGGAUGGCGCAAGCUGUACCAGCUGCUCCGACAACAGUCAAGCCGCCUUUCCCUAUUGGAGCAUCGUCACCACAAGGUGUUCCUCGUGUUUAUGGGCCAACCAAUGUCACUCAAGACAACCUUACUCUUCCUCCACCUAAACGACGCAAGCCAAACCAGCCUGCGAGCAAGACAACAACAAAACCCGGACAGCAGCCGGCAUCUGCGGUUCAGGAAGAAGCACCAGCCGUGGCCGAGGCUAGGAAGCCUCAACCGGUUCCCAAUCAUACUUUCAAAUGUCCAGUUCGAGAGUGUCAAUACUUUAUCAAGGGAUUCUCAUCUCGCGCAGCGUUGGAUAGCCACGUCAACGAACGGCAUAAACCGGAGGAGCCGAUCAACGAUCCCGUUGAGUAUGCGAUUGAGAGCUUUAGAAUAGGACUUGGCAUUGACAAAAUCGAUAAAAACUCUUCUGAUACGAAAGAGGGUAAGGCUAAAGCUUCUACAGCCCUUGGAGCAGGGAAGUCACAGCCAUCCAAAACCGGCACGAAGGGAGAGAGCAUGACUCCUGCCUCUCAACGGGUGGUUAAGACUUCAAGCAUGGCUGCUGUCAAGUCGAUCUCACCUGCUUCCCUUCAGCAGAAAACGUCGCAGAUGAGUAUCACCAAGGAACUGAUUUCGGUGGAGCCUAAACGAGAUUCGAGCAAGGAUGAUCCGAGAAUUAUUGGGACUGACGCAUACAUGGGUUCACCUGUCGCAGAUCCAUGGGAACAGUCUCCCACACCGUUGGAAGCGAUCAGGCAGACAUUUGGCGAGUUGGCCGGACAAGGUCUCUUUGAUAUUGGUCGUGACCGCGUCGAUGAGCUCCUCAUAUCCGAAUCGUUUGACGCCAUCCGAUCCAAAGACACUCCACUUUCCAUGGAUGCCAGUGCAACCACGCAGACGUCACGGGGUAGCGACGUUUCCAAGGACGACGAUACCCAAGGAGAUAAGGAGGAUAACUGGGUUCCAUCUGAUUGGAUGCAACUUCCUGAGGACCCCGAUGCCGGUUUGUUCCUGAGUAAUGAGUGGUUCAAUGACAACUGGAAAGCUAUGGCAGUGAACGAUAUCGAGAUGGGUCUAGAACCACCCGAGGAUUUGGUAUAUUCAAUUUAG